AUGUCGGGCUUAUUUCGUGGUGCUCUAAAUCUGAUACAAGGCCAAAGCACAUGGACCACUGCUCAUCCGUUAGUGGGAAACUAUAUAGAGGUCGGAUCAAUGCGUUUACGAGUGGAUAGUGUAAUUGCUGAAGGUGGAUUUGCGACUGUGUUUGCUGCACACGAUAACACUAACAGAUACUAUGCAUUGAAAAGGCAAUUUGCAAGGGACAAAGAGUCGAUGGAUCUUCUUCUAAACGAGAUUCGAAUUCUUAAAGAGCUCUCUGGACAUCCAUCACUUGUGGAGUUUGUCGCAGCUGCCCAAAAGCGAUCACAACCAGACGGUUAUGAAUUUCUUAUUCUGACGGAGCUGUGUCUAGGCGGUUCGGUGGCGGAUCUAAUGAGAAACACCCGUUUAACGACCGAUCAAUGUAUAAAGAUUUUUCAUUCGGCUACAUUGGCUACACGUCAUAUGCAUGAGCGAACGAUACCCAUAACACAUCGAGACAUUAAAAUGCAACGGAGUACUACCCCAAUGUAUCGUUCACCUGAAAUUCUUGACACCUACCAGAAUUUCGCCGUUGGUCCUCAGCAGGAUAUAUGGGCGUUAGGAUGUGUGCUGUACUAUAUGUGCUAUCGUGUGCAUCCUUUUCAAGAUUCAGCAAAAUUGCGGAUACUCAAUGUUGCUUAUUCCAUACCGUCUGGAUUUGACGAGUUCGAAGAUGUAGUUCCUGUGAUACAAUCAUGUCUACAACUGAAUCCAGUGAAUCGUCCUGUCGCUGGAGAUCUUGUUGAGACAACAUCGGCGUUAGCUGUUGCAUUGGAUGUUAAUCUUAAAGAGCGCAUCAUUGUUCAUGGCGGUGUUGUUGGAAGACCACCGGUAUUUUAUCCGUGUUAUUUAUUCAUUCUGUCCUCUCCACUUCAUUUCUUCAAGGUUUCUGUGUUUUAA